AAAAAAUAAAAAAAAUUAAAAUAAAAGUCUGUUCCCCUUUAGAUUCAUUCAUAAAUAUUAUAUAAAAAAAGUUUUUUUUACAUCCUUUAUAACGAUCCAUCAAUCCCCUCUGACCCUCUUAAUAACAAAUCCUUUUAUUUAUAAUCCAAAGAAUGUCCGCUGCUGUCUCUGCUGCCUCCACUAGUGUUUCUGCUGCUGUACCAAUGUCUAACCCUGGAGCUCAACUUUCUGUUGAGCAACAACAGCAAAUUGCAGCUGCCCAGGCUCAAGCAGCUGCCCAAGCUCAAUUUGGUGUCCCCCCUGCUGCUCCUCAAGCCUCUGCAUCUCUUUACGUCGGUGAGCUGGAUCCCUCCGUCACAGAGGCUAUGCUUUUCGAAAUGUUCAACACAAUUGGCCCUGUGGCCAGCAUCCGUGUUUGCAGAGACGCUGUUACCAGAAGAUCUCUUGGCUAUGCUUACGUUAACUUCCACAACGUUUUAGAUGGCGAACGUGCUCUUGAUACGCUCAAUUAUACUGUAAUCAAGAAUAAACCAUGCAGAAUCAUGUGGUCUCAACGUGAUCCUGCUCUUCGAAAAACUGGAACUGGCAAUAUUUUUAUCAAGAACCUUGACAAAUCAAUUGAUAACAAGGCUCUUCAUGAUACAUUUAACGUAUUUGGUAACAUUCUUAGUUGUAAAGUUGCUAUGGAAGAUGGUUCUUCUAAAGGUUAUGGUUUCGUUCAUUAUGAAACUGCUGAAGCCGCUGAAAAUGCUAUCAAGCAUGUUAACGGAAUGUUGUUAAAAGACAAAAAAGUAUACGUUGGUCAUCAUAUCCCUAAAAAAGAACGACAAUCAAAACUUGAAGAAAUAAAAGCAAAAUUCACUAAUAUUUAUGUGAAAAAUCUUGAUACUGAAGUUAGUUUAGAAGAAUUUAGUGAAAUCUUUGCUAGAUUCGGUAAAAUUACUUCUGUCGUCAUCACAACAGAUGAAAACGGGAAUUCCAAGGGCUUUGGUUUCGUAAACUAUGAAAAUCAUGAGGAAGCUGCUAAUGCAGUUAAUGAACUUCAUGAUACAGAUCUCAAGGGUAAAAAGCUAUUUGUAGCUCGCGCCCAGAAAAAACAUGAGCGUGAAGAAGAACUAAGGCGUCAGUACGAACAAGCUAAAAUGGAAAAGUUGAAUAAAUAUCAAGGUGUGAAUCUUUACAUCAAGAAUCUUGAGGACGAUAUUGAUGAUGAAAAACUACGCCAAGAAUUUUCUGUAUACGGUGUAAUUACGAGCGCCAAAGUCAUGAGGGAUGAGAGGGACCAAUCAAAGGGUUUCGGUUUCGUAUGUUUCUCUUCUCCUGAUGAAGCUACUAAAGCUGUGACCGAAAUGAAUGGAAGAAUGAUUGGUAAUAAGCCAAUAUACGUCGCACUUGCCCAACGUAAGGAUGUACGCAAAUCUCAAUUGGAAGCCCAAAUUAACCAAAGGAAUCAAAUCCGUAUGCAACAACAACAACAAGCGGCAGUUGGAAUGGGGGCAGGUGCUUACAUGCCUGUUGGCUAUGCUCAUCCAGGAACAUACGGUAGACUUGGUCGUCCUACUCACUUUUACGGUGGUGUUGGAAUGAUAAACGCCGUUCCCGGUACAACUCCCAAUAUCCGUACUAACAACUACAAUAUGGUCAAUCGUUCUAACGGACGACCUCAAAAUGCUCCACAAAACGCUGGUCGUCCUAAUGCCAGUAAUCGUGGUGCUAGGAAUCAAUAUCAACCAACCAAACAACAUAAUCAAUAUUCUCAAAAUAAUCGUGUUGCCAACGGACAAGGUUUAUCCAAUUCUCGUAACUCCGCAACGGCUUCACAAAGCAGCUCUUCCGCUAUAAGCUCUGUAUUUGAUACUAGAAAAUUUGUUGGAGUUUCACCUGAGGCACAAAAGCAGUUGCUUGGUGAACAACUUUUUCCUAAAAUCUCUGAUCGUCAACCUGAGUUGGCCGGUAAAAUUACUGGCAUGUUGCUAGAGAUGGAUAACGCUGAAUUGUUGCACCUUUUGGAAAACAAAGCCGCUCUUGACUCUAAGGUCGAUGAAGCCGUUAGUGUGUUGAAACAACAUGCUAUGGCCACUGGUCAAAACUUCCCCGACUCUGAAUAAUAGGUUUUAAUAUCAUAUACCACAUAUUACAUUAUUAGACCGAUAAUGGAGAGAAGAAAUUAAAAUAAUCCUUAAAAAGUAUAAACGAGUGACAAUCGACGGUUAAUGUAUGCAUAAUAUCCAAAUAAUAUCCCUUCUUCCUUAUAUACCAGUUUUUUUUAUUUUAUUUGCCUAUAUUUUAUUAUUUUUACUUUUUUUUU